UCCCGGGGAGAAUGGACCCAGCUCGGCUCUCGCCCGGGCUUCCCCGGGCUGGAGAGCGCGCCUGAGUGCCGCCGCCCGCCGGGCAUGGGGAACUGCUUCCUGGGCGGCUGCGGCAGCGGAGGAGGAUGGUCUCGGCGAGCCUAGCGCUCGAAAGGAGUGAAUGAAAUGUGCAGCUCGGGGUGUCAUUUCUGAAGGGAGGAGUCGUUUUCUUGGAGAGGAGUCCUCAAUGAGCCUGGCCGAGGCCCGGGAUCUGUGUGAAGUGGACUAAGGAUUUAGUAGGAUGUCAACUGAGACAGAACUUCAAGUAGCUGUGAAAACCAGCGCCAAGAAAGACUCCAGAAAGAAAGGUCAGGAUCGCAGUGAAGCCACUUUGAUAAAGAGGUUUAAAGGUGAAGGGGUCCGGUACAAGGCCAAACUGAUCGGGAUUGAUGAGGUUUCUGCAGCUCGGGGAGACAAGUUAUGCCAAGACUCCAUGAUGAAACUCAAGGGCGUUGUUGCUGGCGCUCGUUCCAAAGGAGAACACAAACAGAAAAUCUUCUUAACCAUCUCCUUUGGAGGAAUCAAAAUCUUUGAUGAGAAGACAGGGGCCCUUCAGCAGCAUCAUGCUGUUCACGAAAUUUCCUACAUCGCCAAGGACAUCACAGAUCACCGGGCCUUCGGAUACGUUUGUGGGAAGGAAGGGAAUCACAGAUUUGUGGCCAUAAAAACAGCCCAGGCGGCUGAACCCGUUAUUCUGGACUUGAGAGAUCUCUUUCAACUUAUUUAUGAAUUGAAGCAAAGAGAAGAAUUGGAAAAAAAGGCACAAAAGGAUAAGCAAUGCGAACAAGCUGUGUAUCAGACAAUUCUGGAAGAGGAUGUUGAAGAUCCUGUAUACCAGUACAUUGUGUUUGAGGCUGGACACGAGCCAAUCCGUGAUCCCGAAAUGGAAGAAAACAUUUAUCAGGUUCCCACCAGCCAAAAGAAGGAAGGUGUUUAUGAUGUUCCAAAAAGUCAACCUGUAAGUAACGGCUGUGCGUUUGAAGAUUUUGAAGAACGGUUUGCAGCGGCGACCCCUAACAGAAACCUGCCGAUGGACUCUGAUGAGAUUUUUGAGGCAACAAAGGCUGUGACCCAGUUAGAACUUUUUGGGGACAUGUCCACCCCUCCUGAUAUAACCUCUCCCCCAACUCCUGCAACUCCAGGUGAUGCCUUUAUCCCGUCUUCAUCUCAGACACUUCCGGCGAGUGCAGACAUGUUUGGUUCUGUACCUUUCGGCACUGCUGCUGUACCCUCAGGUUAUGUUGCAAUGGGCGCCGUCCUCCCAUCCUUCUGGGGCCAGCAGCCCCUUGUCCAACAGCAGAUCGCCAUGGGUCCUCAGCCACCAGUCGCUCAGGUGAUGCCAGGGGCUCAGCCCAUCGCAUGGGGCCAGCCGGCUCUCUUCCCUGCCACUCAGCAGCCCUGGCCCACCGUGGCCGGGCAGUUUCCGCCAGCCGCCUUCAUGCCCACACAAACUGUUAUGCCUUUGCCAGCUGCCAUGUUCCAAGGUCCCCUCACCCCCCUUGCAACCGUCCCAGCCACGAGUGACUCCGCCAGGUCAAGUCCACAGACCGACAAGCCCAGGCAGAAAAUGGGGAAAGAAAUGUUUAAGGAUUUCCAGAUGGCCCAGCCUCCACCCGUGCCCUCCCGCAAACCUGACCAGCCCUCCCUCACCUGCACCUCAGAGGCCUUCUCCAGUUACUUCAACAAAGUCGGGGUGGCACAGGAUACAGACGACUGUGAUGACUUUGACAUCUCCCAGUUGAAUUUGACGCCUGUGACUUCUACUACACCAUCGACCAACUCACCUCCAACCCCAGCCCCUAGACAGAGCUCUCCAUCCAAAUCAUCUGCAUCCCACGCCAGUGAUCCGACCACCGAUGACAUCUUUGAAGAGGGCUUUGAAAGUCCCAGCAAAAGUGAAGAGCAAGAAGCUCCUGAUGGGUCACAGGCCUCAUCCAACAGUGAUCCCUUUGGUGAGCCCAGUGUGGAGCCCAGUGGUGAUAAUAUAAGUCCACAGGCCGGUAGCUAGAUAGCACAGGUCUGGGAGCUGGAGCCUCUUUAUGCGCAGAUCAACAAAUCUAAGAAAUAGCAUCAAUGCGGGCUUGUGGCGGGUGCUUCAAGACUGGCAUGGAAAUCAGCAUCGCGACAGGCUCUGUUGUAUUCUUUCACCUCACCUCAUCCCACGAAGAAAUUCAUGAUUGCCCAAUGGAACUCGUUUGGAAGAGGGAACUAAGAAUUUUUGGCAACCACUGGCAGAUAUCUAUGGCAGCACAAAAACAAACACACAAAAGCAUAAAAAAUCAUACCCAACGUUAAAUCACAAAUCAAGCGAAUGCUUACUUGACAAAGAGUCUAAGCUCUCUUAACACGUGGGUUUAAGAUGACCCAGUAUGUGAAACCAUAGUUCUCUUUUUAUUUCUCUACCGGUUGGCCACUGUAAAGACAUCAAAUUUGGAGUGACAGGCCUCAGAGAGUUACAUCAGGGUUGGCACUGACGUCAUUUAGGCAAAAGUAACAGGUCUCUGUCACCACAAUAUCAUCAUCCAUAUGCCUUUCCAAAUAGGAUGAUGUAUUUACAUGACUCCACAAGGCCUGAUCUGCCAUUUUUUCCCCUUUCCUUUCUUUGUCAUGUUUGAAAAUUAAUGGGUGUACAAAUUUUUGUAUUGCUUUUGACUAUUUUUAGGUAUUGGUGAAGAAAUCUAACUGGGGAAAAAAAAAAAACCUCAUAUGAAAUGAAUUAACUUGAAAUCACAAGACAGAUGAGUGGUCGAUGAUUCUUUUUGAUCAAGAAUGUUGCCAAAACAACCCUUUAGCUCUUCUGCAUCCUGGUGAAGAAAGACAGCUUUCGGUUUAACCUUCACUCUGUGAGUAGGAAAGGACAUCGAAUCCCAUUGAUGAGAAAGAUGAAAAAUGCAUCUGAUUUCCUCAGAAGCUCUAAACUCUUAAGUCCAAUAAAAUGAGAUUUUUUAUUUUUCCGAUAUCUUGCUGCUGUGACGCUAUGCAGACAGUGUCUUCUCCACGUGCCAUUUUCAAGGAAAAGUCAUUUGCCAAAUAAUUAUGGUACAAUCCUGGUAAUGUGGUUUGAGAUCUUAAAAACCGACUUUCUAAUAGAACAAUAGUGACAUGAAUAUUCAGAGUAACAAACUGAUUCCGUGGUCACAGUGGUUCAUCUCUAUCUCUUUUUCUACAUCAGAAAAUUCAAAUGGGAUUUUUAUUUUAUAACUUGAAAAAAAAAAAACCUUACCAUUAAACUCUUUAAAUAUUUAAGGGAAAUGGCUUUAAGGAGUUCUAAUGAAAAAAAAUUGCCAGUUUUUUUUUUUUGUAAA